AUGGUAACAGGCCACGCGACGCACAUGGGCUGCGGCAUCUCUGCUUACACCGAAUACACCUACAGGAAUAACUUUGCUGCUAUGAGUUAUAAUUCCGUCCAAGUGAUCUGCAAUUUCUCUGCUCGGCCGACACCUGGUACAUCAGUGUACAACACGGAACCUCCGAUAGACGCACCUCCGGGAACGCAAUGCGGCUGUCCUCCCGGCUUCGACGAGGACGAAGACUGUUUAUGCACUGAAAGUUUUAAUUAUAGACCGUUUCCUAAAAAUAAACCUACGUGCAAUGGUAAAAACUGUGUCCCACCCAUUGUUUUAUUGCCAAUUAUUGCAAUGGAGGACGCGCCCCUUCAUAAACUGAAAAACCGAAGAUAUAAUAAUGAUACCGACGAACAAUACGAAAACAUAGAUAUAUUCAGUAACGAUAAUGGUGACAACAGUAUUCACGGGAAAGAGACAUACGUUACCAGUGAUUUUGAAAAAACUCUACGUGAAGCACGCAACAAUAUGCAACAAGCAAGAGCACUGACCCACAAAGAGAACACAUGGAAAAUUCACAACGGAUAUUUUGGAAAAAGUUCGUUAGCACCAGAAAAUAGACAAACCGUGCCCCAAGCUACUGAUGCAGUACGAACUGCUAACAAACAUGGAAGAAAGAGUAUUUUCUCAAAUGUCAACAAUUUCAAGUUACCCGUGAAGGUUUUGAUAAAAAAAGAUGUUCUACCAAGAAAGGAUUUCGCAAAAGUGCAAAAUCUCGUAAACAACUAUUUCAAUAAGAAGAGAAAUUACACUGUAGCUAUGUCAAGCGACGAUGAAACUAAAAGAUAUGUAAAAGUAAAUGACGACAUAUUUACAAAUGAUUCCAUACCUGAAAUGUAUGUUAGACCAAAAAAUGAAAACGUAGACAAAAAGGUAAUGCAUUUACUGGAUAAUUUAGAACAAGAAGUCAAUCAUAUAAACUUUGAUCAGAACGAAAAAGAAAUAUUAGAUAGCAAACUGAGAAAGAUAUACGGACGCAUAAGUAAUGAACCAAAGGAUUUAAUAUCUGCUAGAAAACUUGAAGAUAACACUUAUAAAAGUAAGAUUAACGAAGAAAGAGAGAAUUUUCUUAAAUACGAAAAUCGAGUGAACGAACAUUUGAUGAAUGUGCAAAGAGAACCUCAAAUAUAUUUAAGGGAUACGAAAAACAAUCGAGCACUUAACUUCGACGAUACAAUGAAUUAUCAAAAUCGAUUAGUAGACAAAGACAGGGAUUAUGAAGACAAUUUCGGUACUUUAAAGAAACGAUUAGAGAAGCCUAUUGAUGAUAAUGUAUACGAUAUUAAUUCUAAUUUAAAAUUUAAUAGACUGUUAGAUAGAAACACUAGAACUAUGAACGCAAUAGUCGAGUACAGACAUGAUAAUACAAUGAGAGAUCUAACAAACUAUCGUAACGAUGAAGAAAUAAAUAGACGCAAUAUAAGAAAAAAUGAUUUACCAGAUGAAAGAUAUGUAUCUAAAAAUUAUGAAGAUCCAAGACAUAAGAAUUAUUAUCCCGUAAGUCAUAUGCAUAGUGAUGGACAACUUAAUUAUAAGAGACGUAAAUAUUAUCAGGAAAAGUUAGAUUAUUUAGAAAGGAAACUUCAGAAGGUACGAAAUCAUAGGCGACAUAAUAAGCCAAAUGAAAACCGUCAACUUCGACCAUUCAAAGUUGACAGAGCCGAAGUGGAAGUGAGACCAGGACAACAGAAAAUAAGAAAGAACACAUUUUACAUACCAGAUAGAGCACGAAGCGUUCACGGGAUUUAA